UCCAAGAGCUCACGGUGAAAACACUUGUGUCCUUCAAAGCCUUCUCUACAUAAUUGAGACUCUGUGGUUUGGUGAGACAUCUCGUGCUCAGGGCGUAUGCGACCUACCCAGAUUGCACUUCUUAUACGUUUUCAUCCGUCUAUAUAACAAGCAGCAUACGACGCACCCAAGAAGGUGUCCAUUCACAAAUAUUGGGUCAAAUCCCUACCCUAGCAACACAGAGAUGAUGAUUCUCUUCGACAAAGUCCUUGUUCGAGAGAUCGCCGCGGCGACUCUCAUCUUCCUCAUCACCCGAUUCUUCGUCAAAUCCCUCUUACUUCGCUUGAACUCCCGUAAGCUCCCACCGGGGCCGACAGGGUGGCCGGUCAUUGGCGCCCUCCCUCUCUUGGGGAACAUGCCCCACGUAGCGCUGGCGAAGAUGGCCAAGAAGUACGGGCCGGUGAUGUACCUGAAAAUGGGCACGUGCGACAUGGUCGUGGCGUCGACUCCCGACGCCGCCCGGGCUUUCUUGAAAACCCUAGACAUCAACUUCUCCAACAGGCCUCCGAACGCGGGGGCAACCCACUUGGCCUAUGACGCGCAGGACAUGGUCUUCGCCGACUAUGGCUCGAGGUGGAAGUUGCUUAGGAAGCUCAGUAAUUUGCACAUGCUCGGAGGGAAGGCCCUCGAGGACUGGGCUCACGUCCGGUCGGCCGAGCUAGGGUACAUGCUUCAAGCCAUGUGCGAGUGCAGCAAGCGAGGCGAGCCGGUGGUGGUGCCGGAGAUGUUGACCUAUGCCAUGGCGAACAUGAUAGGGCAAGUCAUUUUGAGCCGAAGGGUGUUCGUGACGAAGGGCUCCGAGUCUAACGAAUUCAAGGACAUGGUGGUAGAGCUGAUGACAAGCGCAGGCUUCUUUAACAUCGGCGACUUCAUCCCGUCAAUUGCGUGGAUGGACUUACAAGGGAUUGAAGGCGGAAUGAAGCGCUUGCACAAGAAAUUCGACGUGCUGUUGACGAAGAUGAUCGAGCAACACUCGGCAACAGCUCACGAGCGUAAAGGGAACCCGGAUUUUCUCGAUGUUGUCAUGGCCAACCGAGAUAACCCCGGGGCCGAGAAGCUUACUUUGACCAACAUUAAGGCCCUUCUCUUGAAUUUGUUCACUGCGGGCACCGAUACUUCGUCAAGCGUAAUCGAGUGGUCGCUGGCCGAGAUGUUGAAGAACCCUAGCAUCCUCAAGCGGGCCCAUGAAGAGAUGGACCGGGUCAUCGGGCGGCACCGACGCCUCGAGGAAUCCGACCUCGCGAAGCUCCCGUACUUGCAGGCCAUAUGCAAGGAGACCUUCCGAAAACAUCCAUCGACACCGUUAAACCUACCGAGAGUCUCGACCGAGGCGUGCCAAGUGAACGGCUACUACAUCCCCAAGAACUCGAGGCUCAGCGUGAACAUAUGGGCGAUCGGGCGGGACCCGGACGUGUGGGAGAAUCCUCUAGACUUCACCCCGGAGAGGUUCCUGAGCGGGAGGAACGCGAGGAUCGACCCGCGCGGGAACGACUUUGAGCUGAUCCCGUUCGGGGCCGGGCGGAGGAUCUGCGCCGGGACGAGGAUGGGGAUCGUGCUGGUCGAGUACAUACUGGGGACGCUGGUGCACUCGUUCGAUUGGAAGUUGCCGGGCGGUGUCAAUGAGCUGAACAUGGACGAGGCGUUUGGUCUGGCCUUGCAAAAGGCCGUGCCCUUGUCGGCCAUCGUCACCCCAAGGCUCUCCGCCAGCGCAUACGCAUCUUAAAGCCUUUACUCGAAAGCUUUUCCACUACGAGAAUCCGACGCUAUCAUCAUAUUUUCUUAAAGUACUUCAGGCUCGUGAUGGGUCGCUACAUGGUCUUCUAUGAUGAAUGCGCUGUAACACUUUCGCUCGUCCUUUGGUAUUGGGGUUUCUUUCUUAUGCAUUUGAAUAAUAGGGUGUUUUCGAGGCCCGAGGGGGGUUGUCUUUUAUUUAAUCAUCUUUCUCUUGUUGGGGUUCAUGUGAUUCUGAUAGUAUGAACUUAGUGUUGUGUA